CUAUCCUCAAUUCCUAUUAUUUUUUUACUCAAUCGGCUCUAGCCGCUACUCAGUCGCCUUCUCUGAUCACGCUCACCAUGUCUUACUCCCUCACCAAAGAUACUCCAGUUAUCCAGUUACAUGCCGAAACUCACUUUCCCAUAAAAUUGGUUACCACCAAUUUUCCCAUAUGGCAGCGCCAAGUUCGCUCUACUCUCAUUGGGCUCGAUCUCUUGGGAUAUGUGGACGGCACACUCGCUGCUCUUGCAAAGGUCGUUUCCCACGCCAUAAACCCGUGUUAUGCAAAUUGGUUCCGUCAGGACCAAGCUAUAAUUAGUGCCCUCCUCGGCAGUUGCACUGACAAUAUUCAACCUCUUAUUUCCAACGUCGACAUGGCUCGUGAAGCAUGGUUGAAUCUUCAUUCCAGUUUUGCAAGAACUAGUCACGGUCAUGUUCUUUCCCUAAAGUCCAAGCUCGCCAAGAAUCCUUGGGGUGACCGUUCUAUUGCUGUCUAUCUUCAUGAAAUGCAUUCUUUGGCAAAUGAAUUGGCUCUCAUUCAAAAUCCCAUUCCUGAGGAAGAUCUUGUUUCUCAUAUUCUCAAUCAACUUGGGUCUGAUUAUGAUCCCAUCACAUCGGCUGCUCAUCUUCGUGAGACGCACAUCUCCUUCGCGGAACUUGGUAAUAUCCUUCGUGAUUACGAACGCAAGUUGAAAGCGUCUGAGGAGGCCAGUUCGGCGACAGUGCUCACGGCCAAUGUUACUCAGUCCAGCAUGUCUGGUCGUUCAUUUGGUAAUAGUGGCCAUGCCUCCUCCUUCUCUCAUGAUGCUGCACGUUCUCCUCAAGGUCGGCAUCAGAACCGCAACUCUUCCGAUUUUGGUAGACAUCCUCGGCGCGCCUUUGCCUCUAAUGGUGCAUGUCAAUUCUGUGCUAUUCCCGAUCAUGAUAUCCAGGUAUGUCGGAAACUUGCUCGUCUCCUUCGUGAUAAUGGAAUGCAAUCCACAACUGUUGGUGGGUCCCACCCGAUUGGUCAUACUACUUUGGCUACCUCCGAUGGGUCUGCUCAAUGGAUGUUUGACAGUGGGGUAAGUCAUCAUACAACGCCUACUCCCACUUCUCUGCAAACUUUCUCCGACUACGGUGGUCCCGAUGAGAUUCGCGACACGAAGGAAAUCUCGGCUUCUUAAUGUU